AUUCGCCUUCCCUUUUUAUUUUUGUUGUAGAUUCGCUCCUAUUUCUUCGAUGUACACUGAUUUCACAUCUUUAAUCACAAAUCACUGGUCACUCAAUCACGGCAGAACUCGAAAAUCAUCAGGAUUAAAAGGACCUUCAUUCUCCAAAAAAAAAGGAAGCAAUUAUUUAAAGACGGGUGAAAUCGAAAAUGAGCGAUUCAGAAUCUCAAGGCGUCGGAGAGUCUGAGGAGCGGAUGAAGAAGGAGUCUCUUAUGAAUGCUAGCGAGUGGUUGCAGGGGUACUUUACCUUGAAGGAAAAAAGGACUUUGGAAGACAAAGACAUACCGAUAUAUCUCGAUUCCAUAGGCUGGCUAGCGAGCCAAAGACUCGGCGAAUAUGCCAAGCGUCAUGCGAAACAUGAAUUUGUGGACUCGAGAUAUGAGGGCUUGCAUACAGACUUCCCAGAAUAUGAGCCACACCUGUCGCAGUUGGCCAAAGAAUCAUACAGUGGAAUCCUGAGGAGACAGCUGAUGAUUUGGAUAGUGGUUGUGCUCACUGCAUUGGUCAUUGCCUGUGUGGCUGCUCUACUAGACAUAGGAACUGGGUUUUUGCAACACACCAAGUUCUCAACUCCAAAAGCAGCUGGCAGCGGUUUUGCUCAGGUCAAGUCGUACAUGAAUGGACUACGAGUUCCUUUCAAUCAGCAUUUCAAGGUUUUCGUCGUCAGAGUGGUUGGACUGGCGUUUGGAAUAGCUGCUGGGUUAGCAAUUGGACAGGAAGGCCCCAUGAUCCACGUCGGGGCUUCAAUCGGUGCCGGAGUGGGAUACGGAAGACACAGUUUCUUGUACGAAAAACUCAAAGUUCAAAUGCCCGGUACGAGACUUUUGCGGUACGACAAGGACAGAAGGUUCUUCACUUCAAUGGGUGCAGCUGCUGGACUCGCCUGUGCUUUCGGCUCACCCUUGGGUGGGCUUUUGUUCAUGAUGGAAGAAGGAGCAAACUUUUGGAAAUUUUCCCUCACGUUCAAGGCCUUCAGCUGUUGCGUCCUGACAGUGCUCUUCUACAAUGUCAUCAUGACUCGCUACGAGAUGUCGGACUCGAAAAGUUUGCACGUCAUCGGGAUCUUGAACCUGGGCACAUUUCCGGGGAUCCAUUUCUCUUUCGUAGACAUACUAGUUUGUAUCGUGCUCGGUGCACUCGGCGGGGUUAUCGGGGCAACUUAUAUUUUCCUCAACGGAAAAUUGGCAAACUUCAGGAAAAAGUACGUCAGCAACAAGUACAUCAAGAUGGUGGAGGUUGUUUUGGUGGCAGUGAGCAUAGCAAGCAUUGCUCUGACCUGCUUGAUCUUCUCCAACGAAUGCAUGGACCUGUCUAGUCUACACGGGUCUCCCUUGGUCAGGUCCAGAGAGGUAUGGGAGAGUGGCUCCAGAGUACCUUCUCUGGUGGACCCCGUGUACCUCAACUGUCCACCGGGUACCUUCAACGUCAUGGGCAAUGUUUGGCUCAGGCCGGGCCCGUAUUUGCUCAGAGGCCUGUUCCACGACCCACCAGGAACAUAUCCGGUCAGAGUAAUCGGCCCUUUUUCACUCAUCUGGAUCUGUUUGAGUUGCUGGUGUCUGGGACUCGCUGUUCCGGCUGGACUCUUUGUUCCAAACCUCGUGGCCGGGGCUUCCUUUGGCAGACUGCUGGGCGAAAUAAUUUACCCACAUUUCAAGGAUGACUGGUGCAGGCCAGAGAAAAUGGCAUUCUGGGGAUCAGUAGCAGUGCUGAAUGGCAUCGUGAGAUACUAUUUGGCCCUAACCGCGGUCUUCGUGGAGUCCACUGACACUCUGAUCCUCGGGUUCCCCAUCAUG